AUGCUGUGCUCCUGGCGUGGAAAGCUGAAGCUGCUGCUCGCCACUGCAACACUGGUGAUCCUUCUCUCGUGGCUCUGUGUCUUUGUGGGCAGUUCAGAAUAUGGCCGUUCCCUCCUAUUGUCUCCUUGCUUUGGGGACCGGCCGAGCCAGGACCUGGAGCGAGAGGCCUUGGCAUCUCAGGUGCGCAAGGUGGAAGAGGAGAACCUGCAACUACGUCUGCGGCUCAGCCAGUCUCAGGGACAAGCUGGGGCUGUGGACCGGAGCGAUGGGAGCCAGCAGUGGGCAGCCUCCUUUGAUGAUGGGGACACCCCAGGGGAUGACAGGAGCAACCGCACGGGUUGCCCCAAGCAGCAGAUGGUGCAGAAGUGUGAGCUCCUGCACGUAGCGAUUGUGUGCGCUGGUCACAAUGCGAGCCGAGACGUGGUCACCCUGGUGAAAUCCAUCCUCUUCCACAGGAAGAACCCUCUCCAUUUCCACCUCAUCACGGACUCGGUGGCUCAGCAGAUCCUGCAGACUCUCUUCCAGUCCUGGAUGGUGCCCUCCAUCCACGUUAGCUUCUACAAUGCAGACGAUUUGAAGGCAGAGGUGUCGUGGAUUCCCAACAAGCAUUACUCUGGGAUUUACGGGCUGAUGAAGCUGACGCUCACUAAGGCGCUGCCCUCCAACCUCUCCAAGGUCAUUGUCCUGGACACAGACAUCACCUUUGCCACUGACAUCGCUGAGCUGUGGGCCGUCUUCGGGAAGUUCUCCGACAAGCAGGUGAUUGGGCUGGUGGAGAACCAGAGUGACUGGUACCUGGGAAACCUCUGGAAGAACCACAAGCCAUGGCCAGCGCUGGGACGUGGCUUCAACACAGGGGUGAUCCUGCUGCUGCUGGAGCGCCUGCGCCGGAUUGGCUGGGAGCAGAUGUGGCGGCUGACAGCGGAGCGGGAGCUCAUGAGCAUGCUGUCCACCUCGCUGGCAGAUCAGGACAUCUUUAAUGCAGUGAUUAAGCAGAGCCCAGUGCUGGUGUACAAACUCCCCUGCUUCUGGAACGUGCAGCUGUCCGACCAUACCCUCUCAGAGCAGUGUUACUCAGAGGUCUCUGAUCUUAAGGUGAUCCACUGGAACUCGCCCAAGAAGCUGCGGGUGAAAAACAAGCAUGUGGAGUUCUUCCGGAACCUCUACCUGACCUUCCUGGAGUACGAUGGGAACCUGCUGCGCAGGGAGCUCUUCGGUUGUGCCAGCCUGCCCAGCCCACCCAGAAACCAACUGCAGCAGGCCCUGGAGGAUCUCGAUGAGGAUGACCCGUGCUAUGAUUUCCGCCGGCAGCACCUUAUGCUGCACCGCAUCCACCUGUUCUUCCUGCAGUAUGAGGUCCUGGCCUCACCUGACCCUGCUGAUGUCACCCUGGUGGCCCAGCUCUCCAUGGACAGGUUACAGAUGCUGGAGGCAAUCUGCAAACACUGGGCAGGCCCCAUCAGCCUGGCGCUGUACAUGUCGGAUGCAGAGGCCCAGCAGUUCCUGCGCUAUGCCCAGGGCUCGGAGGUGUUGAGCAGCCGCAGGAACGUUGCCUACCACAUUGUGUACAAGGAGGGGCAGUUCUACCCUGUCAACCUGCUGCGCAACGUUGCGCUGACCAAUGCACAGACACCCUAUGUCUUCCUGACGGACAUCGACUUCCUGCCCAUGUAUGGUCUCUACGAUUACCUCAGGAACUCCAUCCGGCAGCUGGAGCUGCCCCAGCGGAAGGCAGCGCUCAUUGUGCCAGCAUUUGAGACUCUGCGCUACCGUCUUGCCUUCCCCAAGUCCAAAGCGGAGCUGCUCUCCAUGCUGGACAUGGGCUCCCUCUACACCUUCAGGUACCAUGUGUGGCCAAAGGGCCAUGCCCCAACUGACUAUGCCAAGUGGCGGACAGCUACGGUGGCGUACCGUGUGGAGUGGCAGCCGGACUUUGAGCCUUACGUUGUAGUGAGGCGUGACUGCCCCCAGUAUGACCAGAGAUUCGUAGGCUUUGGUUGGAACAAGGUGUCCCAUAUCAUGGAGCUUGAUGCCCAGGAGUACGAGCUGCUGGUCCUGCCCAAUGCCUUCAUGAUCCACAUGCCUCACGCCCCCAGCUUUGACAUCUCCAAGUUCCGCUUGAGCGCUGGCUACCGGGGCUGCUUGCAGACACUGCGGGAGGAGUUCCACCAGGACCUGUCGCGUAGGUAUGGCGCCGCCGCACUCAAAUACCUCACUGCCGAGAGGAGCCUGUGA